AUGGCUACAACAGUACAUGUUACCCCUGCGCAAUAUCGCAAAUACGGUACAGACGGGGAAUUGCGAUUAUCCACCGGUUUCUUUCAGCGUUACUUUGAAAGUGAUGGAACCACAACAGAAGUUCCUAUUCUACAAGUUUCGCUUGCAAAAAAAUUGGGAGAAGGCAUGGCUGGCCAUCCUGAUUCAUGUCUUAGAUUGCGUUUAACAGACGGGGCUUUUCACUACUCUGGUGAGCGCAUAUAACU